UCUACGGUACGGGCCAGUACGGGUGCGCCGACGACGGUCAGAGGACGUUUCCCCGGGUGAUCGUGGUGUGUGUCUUAUCGUCGUCGGCACGGAAACGCGGAAACGCCGCGCGCCAUGCCGUCGCGCCGGCAGUCCGCGACCAGCAGACCGCGUGCGGAAACACCGACGUGCAAACACUGCAAACGCCGCCGGCGUGUCGACGUCGACUCUGAGUCGCCCGCGAUGAGAUGAUCCGGGUCAGUCAGUGCUGCAGGUGCUACUGCUGUCGACUGCUGUGUCGAAUCGCCGCGUCGACGUAAACACACGUAAACCAGACGAACGGAGUGAAGGACGCCUCCGAAAUAUAGAUAGAGACGAGGUGGAACGACGUCGCGCCAUAGGAUUAUGCCCAUGAUAUUGCGAAAUCCCGAGAGUUCGUACGACCACGCGCAAUUUGCCGGCCUUCUUUCAUUCUUUUGUACGGCUCCAAGAGAUUUACGGCUAAAAGCAGCUUCAGCAGCUGGACGUCAUCAUCGACGGCGACCAACCCGCCGCAUGGGAGUAAUGUGACCGUCCCCGUGGUUCAAUACAGUGCGCCGAACGUGUGGAUAGUUUUUUGUUUCUUUCUGUUUUUCUUUCGCGCGCGCGAUCAUCUCUCGCUAUUGCGCCCGCAUUUCAAAACAAAACGCGCGAGCGCGUGUCACCGGUUUGUUUAAGCGCCACCUGUCGGCCGUGAAAAUAUCAGUGUAAGUAGUUUGAAAAUUUUCAAACGGCUCGUCAGUACGCCGUAAAGUCGUGCACGUCGCGUGAUCUCGGUCGUUUCGUAAGUUUCGGACGCAGUCCGGCAGUUUCGAACGGUCGUCGGUUUGAUCUUGCACGUCGCGUUGAUCUUGCAAUCCCACGAAGAGGAAUCGGGUAAGGGAAAUCGUUUUCGGCGAAAAUUUCGGACGUUGAACGUGUCGCCGGAACUCGGACUCCGCGAACGGAAUCUGAUUCCUGUCUGUCUGUGACAAUCGUGUUCAUUGUGCCUCGCCGCGAACUUCUUUGAAAAGAGAGAAAAAAACUCGAACUGUAGUUAAUCGUUGAGCGAUCGUCGCCCGACGGGAGUGCGUGUGCCGAACGAUUGCGAAAAAGUGGAAAUUCUGUGAUAGGCGCCUGCUCGGAUUAAGCGAGGAAGGUGCGAGGUGCAAAACGGUCUCCGGGAACAUCUCCGUGGAGCGCAAGGAAGUUUUGGUGACCGGAGCCGAACGGGCCAGUAUUCAUGCCAGUAUGCCAAUCGAAUGCCGGUGGACGACUAUUAUAUUUACCGUCACCGAUAGCCAAUUAAUAAGUUACUUAGAUAGAUGAAUUAGUAGUCAAUAAUAUUCUCUCGGGUAAGAGAGAUACGCCAGUUAAUCGCGACUAUACAGCGAAUGAAAACGUAAACGCGUGAACCCGCAUUUUUCCGUAGGCUCGCGUAAGCAAUAAGGAUCGCGUUUCGCGGAUAAACACGCAUGCUUACGGCACUUCUUUCUGUCAACGACAAUAAUUUCUAACGACGUUUCCCUGUUGUCGAAUUUGGUGAAUAAAAGAGAAGAAAAGGGUAAAAUCCGGUGUACGUAAUCGUGAAGUGAUCGACUCUGUUUUUCGCGUGGCUGUGGAGUGCAACGAAGGACAGUCUGCGACGCAGAAGUGGAUGCGGACACCACCCCGGCGAUCAUCACGGUGGCUGGAAACGCUGACUUACAUCGAGAGCGCCAACGUGCAAUCAAGGUUCAUGGUUUUCAUGGAGGAGAGCGAGCUCUCGAGCAAGCGGUGGGCCAGUGCGCCCCGCCGCCCGGACAGCCCCUGCGUCCUGGGGGCACCGACGUCUAGGGAGGCGGCGGGACCGCCGGUGCAGCUGGAACCAGUGGAUCUGUCCGUGAAAACUCCUGUGGUGUUGCAGGUGCCACGGUACAGCCCGGCGGCGAUAAUUAACGCCGUCGCAAGAAGAGUACCGUCGCCCUCGACGACGCCCACGCCGCCGCCGCCGCCGCCGCCGCCGCCGCCGCCGCGGUCUUCCCCGGCCCCCGGGGGUACAGCUCGAAAGAAUGCAUUUGCACUUGUUCACGGACUUGCAUUUGCACGGAUACUUCAAACUGCACCCUCAAACAGCGUUCACGGCUGCGUCGUAAUUGCUGUUUCCGCGUUACGUGUGGGAUGCAUCAGAGAGAUCGUAGGCGAUGAAUUGCUAUUCUUCGAUGAGAGUUUAGAGUCGACUUCAUUGCGAGUUUAUUGCUGGUUUCUGUGA